UCGGAAGGACUGAAAACAACCAAAAAAAAGUGAUUUACGCGGAAAUCGGAUCAGAGAUUUUCCCACAGACUCCAGUGGAUCCAUGAUGCCACUGCUCCAGAUCUUCCUCCUCUUGCUUGACCUUGGAAUUUUGGGAAUUCUGGGAAUUCCAGCCGUGGAAGUGCCAGGAAGUAGGCUCCUGGAUGUCCUCAACACUCCCAUCCGAAAGCGAGACCAGGGUCCCCCUUCCCACCUCAAGUGGGAGCCCUUCCAAGGCCGUCUUCCCCCCGACGCCGUCUCCAGCUGGAACCGCCAUACCGGGCGCCUGGAAUUCAUCUGUUCCACGAUGGAGCUCGGCUGCAAUUCCGGCUCCUACGAUCCCGUCAGGGGCCCCUAUUGCUACUUCCCGAACAGGGGACAGGAGAAGCACACCUCCAACUUCAACAUCUUAGUCAACGCCGGCGGCUUUGAGACCUUGGAUUGGGUGGAUGAUUCCUUUGGCACCGUCCCAGAAAAUGCUGUGGAGAGUUGCCCAUCGGUUGACAUCUUCGUGGGGCGGAGCCGGGAUGGGCUUGGAAAGGUCUCCAAGGAGCACCGGGCACUUUUCGUGGCACUGGGGGGGGAGGAGGUUUGGUACAAGUGGUAUCAAGUCUUGGUAGUCAAGACGGGCCCAUCCGACAUCUCCAUCGUGGACGUUGCCUACAACCUGAGCACGGCACUGGAACAUUCUGAGGACGUGGUCUUGGCCGAGGCUCCAGUGCAGAACGAAGGCUGUGGGGCAGCCCCAGGGUCCACCUUCUUGGAAGAGGCCACGGAGACGGAGCACACGUGGCGCUCAGAUCACCCCGCGCUGGCCACCGUGCGCGGGACGCUCUGGGCGGCCCCGUUGGUCCUCACCGGGCCGGGCUGGGCUGCGGCCAACGUCACCUCCCUGCCGUGGGUGGGCGGGGCCAGCAUCGCUAAGUUCGUGUCCCACGGGCCCCACGAGGUGCGGGAGGAGGUGCCGGCGCGCUCGGAAUGCACCGCGGUGCUCCGGGGACGCCGGCGUGACCUCCAGGUGAUGUUCACUGCCCAGCUCCGCCGGGAAUUCCGUGAUGGAUUCCAGCACAGUGUGGGGGUCACUGGCUGGGCACAGACCCGGGUGGUCACUGGGGUCAGUGCCAGGAUUGAGCAAUGCCGGGAACUCGCCAGGGUCCCGCCAUGUCCAGCAUAGGGAGGGACCUAUGCUGGACUUUGGGCUGGAUCCCAAAAUUCCUCUCCAAAGAUUUUUCCUGGUGUUUUUCCCCUAAAUAAUCCCACAAAAUGCAAUAGCAGAAACUUGGAAUGCAGGGCAAUGCUUGGAUUUGGUGGGUUUCCCCAUAUUUUUGCUUUUUGUGGCAUGACCUUUAUCCCUUUCUGAAACCACAUGGCAAAACUGUGCAAAAACAUGGCAUUUUCUGACUGAA